GAAAAAUAUCAGAACGAGAAUGAACGUGGAAGUAAAAAGCAACGCGAGGGCACGCGUUCACAAGGGCUGAAACAGAAAAAGAAGAAGAAAGAUUAACACAGGAAGUAGGAAGUGUGUGACCCUGCCAUACCUCGUUUGUGUUACUGUGUGGUCGGAGUGUGUAUCGAUUCUGUGUGUGAAUGUGCUCCGGUGGGCUGUAUUCGUGAACUCAGACCCUUGACCUCUGGCGUGAGAAGGGGGACAAUGUCUCUGAAGCUUCCUCGCAACUGGGACUUCAGCACCUUCAAGGCUGACUCGGGUCGCGUAGCACGAUCCAGGAGCGUGAUACCCGGAGAGGGAGGCCCUGGUCCGGGCUCACCGCGCUCCCCCAGGUCCAUGGAGAGGGCCCUGAAGGCCGGCUGGCUCAAGAAACAACAACGGUCUUUGGUGAAGAACUGGCAGCAGCGUUACUUUGUGCUGAGAGGGAGCACUCUGACCUACCACAAAGAUGACAAGGAAACCACCGUGCAGGGAGUCAUCCAGCUGCGCUUCAGUAAAGUUAACGACAUCCCGCCCAACUCGGAUGACCCCGGGAAGUACCUGUUUGAGAUCAUACCACGUACGACUAAAGACAGGGAGCGAUGUCCCUAUGUCUUCAUGGCAAACUCCCAGAGUGACAUGGAGGAAUGGGUCCGCGCCCUGCGCAAAGUCGUUGGAGUACCAACGAGUGGAGUGUUUGGAAAAGCUCUCAUGGACACGGUAACAUAUGAGCAACGGUUCGGGCCUCAAAUGGUGCCGAUCCUGGUGCAGAAGUGUGUGGAGUUCAUCAAAGAGAACGGCCUGGACGAAGAGGGCAUCUUUCGUCUCCCGGGUCAGGACAACGCUGUCAAACAGUUCAGAGACGCUUUUGAUGCAGGAGAGAGACCCUCUUUCCCCAAGGACACGGACGUCCACACGGUGGCGUCGCUGCUCAAGCUGUACCUCCGUGAGCUCCCUCAGCCCGUGGUGCCAUGGAACCAGUACCAGGACUUCCUGGACUGCACCAACCCGCUGGACUUCAGCAGCACACAGGGUUGGGAAAAGUUGCACAGUCAAAUCGCUCUCCUCCCCAGAAUCCACUACAACCUUCUCAGUUAUGUUUGCCGGUUUUUGUUUGAGGUGCAGCAGCACUCCCAGGUGAAUAAGAUGAACGUGGAGAACCUGGCCACCGUGAUGGGGAUCAACCUGCUCAAGCCUCAGAUAGAAGACCCCAUAUCUGUGAUGAAGGCCACUCCUCAGAUCCAGAAGCUGAUGACCGUGAUGAUCAGAAAGCACGAGACUCUGUUUCCUCUCUCCAAAGACGUCCUUCCCUCCCCUCCCGCCAAGAAGACCGAAAGCCAGAAGAACGCUCCGCGCAGUUUCGUGGGCUGGGAGUCCUCAGAGAUGGGGGACGCGUCGCUGUCCGAGUCUCCAGAGGAGGAGGAGGACAUCGACAGCCCGGGUCCAAACAGAGGAGACUGCAGCCCCCAAAACACGUGCCAGGAGCCUCGCUCCACUUCGGCAGACGACUGGACGGGAAGCUCCCGCAAACGCACCCAGACCCUCCCCACCUUCAACUGCCCCCUCACGGGCAUGGCCGCCAAGGCCGAGGCUCUCAACCGCUGGAGUCACAUGCACGAGAGCGUGGAAGAGAAGAGCGGGACAUUGUCCGAGGACAUUUUUAAGAUCCUGGACCUGCGGAGCUCGGGCUCAUUGUUCGGCGCGUCUCAGGUGAGCGACAAGGGAGGAGAAGACAAGGCGCCGGCAGCCCGGCGAGGGAGGGACAACGCGGGUCCCCCGACCGACGGCCCCCCAAAACCCGACGCCGGGGUCCAGCCCGCCCGCGUGCUGUGUCACCAGAGGAAUGUGGGCGGCUCGACGGGGUCCGACGAGCAGGUCGGCGGCCCGGCCGAGCAGGUGACCGACGGCCAGCCGCUCGCAGACAGUCUGCAGCAGGAGAACAAGGAGCUGAAGGCCACAGUGGCGGAGCUCCAGUCCGCCCUGGAGGCGGAACGCCGGCGAGCGGCAGCGCUGGAGAUCUGCCUGAGAAAUGCUGAGCGCAGCCGAGACGAGGCGCAGAGACGCAACGAGCAGCUGCAAAGAGACAUUCAGCAGUUCCUCGCCAAAAAGACACAAGCUGCUACCUAGCGUCACUUUUUUUGGACUGGUAUUUGUAUUUAUGACCCCAACAGAGCUAAUUUCACGGAAGUGUUUCUAUUUGAGCUCUAUUUGGUCCUCGAGAUAUUGCAUCGGCUCAUUUAAUUUGGGCCUAAAUAGGUUUUAAUAUCAGUAUUCACAUUACAGACAUUUGUUCCUCCCUACAAUAAGCUGCCUUUUGAUCUGGACUUUCCACGGGGGGG